GCCUUGCGUGGCGCACGAGUGACGCAUCUCGCGGCCUCAAUGGAAAUCAACAGUGCCACAAGUGCUGAUGGAUUGCUGUAAAGGGCAGGGGGUUGUGAGGGGGGCAAGGGGUACAUGCGUUAGGGGUUGCGCAAGAGUAGCGCACCCCCCUGUGCCACGCACACACCGCACGCAUCGAAGGGGCAAUGUGCGUAGGGGUAGUCGAGUCGUGCGUACAAUCGAAUCACUUUCUCUGUGCCAAAGUCACCCUUCACAUGCCCCCACCCCCGCACACAGUACACACAUCAAUCACACACACACGCGCACACACACCCUCCAUGCCACUUCUUGGACAUUCUGCGUAGCUUGGAAGGUGGAAUUGAAAAUUUCCCAACAAGUUUUUCUCUAUUCAGGCACCACAUCAGUCUACGAUUGAGUUUUGUGUAGUUAAGUCGACACACUGUUUGUUGUUUGUUAUAUUUUCAAAAUCUACAAAAAAAUCUCUUGCAACAGAUACACCCAAAAAUAAAAAAGUAGCAAGUUAUCCAACACAUUAUCUCGUCCACAGGGAGACGCACCAUCGCGCAAGAAUUUAACGCGGACAAUACGCGAAAAUUCAGUAUAAAAGUACGAUAUUUUUGGGGAUGAUUUUCCAAAGAAUUUUUCUCUUUGGCUUUACUUGCUCAAAAAAUAAGAUGGAAAAGUGGUUGAUGGUGUGGUGUUGCUGAGAAUCUCAAAGUGUAGCAACUUCUUUGCGAGUUUGUGCGUGGAUUAAGAUACAAUGAGAGGGAGAAAAUCGAUUGCGAAAACAUGGUUUUAGUAGAGAAUCUAUUCGUUAUUAAAGGUCUUUGUGAGAGAUUUAAAUGAUUCGCGCUAGUUGAAAUCUACGAGGGGAAAACUAAAUUAUAAUUUAUUAAAUUAUUUAUUUAUCAAAUUAACUACUAAUGAAUAAAAAAUUGUUGGAAAAGUUUUGAAAAAAAAACACUCUUUAGAAAAAAAUCAAGAGAAUUAAUUGAAUUCUUUUAUAUAAAACAAAAAGUUAAAAUUUGUUUAAAACUAACAGUGAUGAUAGUUUUCAUUGAAAAUUUAUUUCAAGGCUGUAAAAACUCAUUCAUAUGUUUUUUUAAAUCUGAAAAUUAUUUUGAAAACCUUUUCAACAUAACGAAUAAAAAAUAUUAUUUCAAUUUAUAUAAAACCUAAAACCAUGAAAAAAUAUAUUUUCUACUUUUAUUAUUUUCUGAUAUAAUUUUUACUUUAAAAUCUAUUGAAUUUGAUUUUAAUACUAGAAACAAAAGAUAGAAUAGUUUUGAAAAAAAUAAUGAGGUAGUAGAUAAAAUAUUUUUUCAUUACAAUAGAAUAUUUAAAAAAAAAAAAGCUUUCUUAUUCUUUGUUCUUAAAUUUUUAAUAUUUUUCACUCAAAGACAUCCAAGAACAACUUUAAAUUAAAGAAAUACAUAAAACUACCCUAGUUUCUGGCGUUUAAACUAAUCCUUUCAUUUUCCAAAUUAACUUAAUUGCUUCCAAUAGCAAAUUUUCAAUUUUCAAAAAGCUUUUAGAACCUUUAAAAUAUUAGUAAAAAAAAUACUUUGUAAAAGAAAUCAAUAUCGGUGUAGCCGCAAAAAAGUGCAUUGAAGUUGCUUAAGAUUCGCAGUGGAACACCUCACCAGCUAUAAACUAAAAAAACCACCCACUCAGCAUCUUCUGUUCCAUCUGCCACUCUCAGAUGUUCGUGUUUCAGUGACCAAUUGUUGCAUCCGUCCCAAAAACGCAGUCUAAGGGGGUUGAAAUUUCUGUGCGUGGCUGUGAAAAAUGGACAAUGAGUUUGUAUGGGCUUGUUGGAUCGCCAUCAUGGUGACUUUAACGUUUUUUCUGUGCUUUUUUACGAGCUUUCUCGGGGUAGCUAAAAAUCCGUGAUUUUUUUCUUUGCUCGAAGGUUGGGAUGUCGCAUUAAAGUGUUUUUGUCAGGGAUUUUUUUCUCUACUCGCACAGCUUUUCCAUCUUCUGCACGUAUUAAAGUCUCUUGGGUGGGUAGAGCAGAGCGUGCGACAUUUUGGGUGAAUUUUGAAGGAAUUGAAAAUGGGAAAGUUGUGAGUUUUAGAGCUUAAAGCUCCCCUUGAAAAUUUUGGGUGAUUGCCACGUAUUUAUCCCUUCGGAGAAUUUCCAACAAACAUCCAAACGACAGAGAUCAUUAGGAGGAUGGCAAGUUUAUGGUGCGGGUGGGUGGGUGGAUGAGAAGUCGCACAUCGCAAUUUCGUGUAUAGCCUUCGCAGACUCCGGAGAUGGGACAUGCCAUGGGAAAGAAAUCGCGAUGAACAAUCGUAUGUGUCGGAUUCAAUGUGUCCCUUUUCGUCGCGAUGUCUUCUCAGGGAUCAGUCGUUCAUUGAACCACACUCUCCACGCAAUUUCGAAGUUUUGUGGAAUUUUUCGUUUCGUUUCUAUCCAACAUUUGGUCGUGUUAUCACCCCCCGGAUUCUUUUUGCUCGUUUUUAUUUCUUUUUUGGGGAGGAAAUGGCGAGCUUUCUUCGAGCUUUCUUAUGAGGGUGGCAGAUUGUACGAGGAGUCAAACUAUGAAUUUCAAUAUGGAAUUCAUUUUCUAAUAAAGACUUUUCCAUGUAGGUGAUAAUUGUAUCGUGUGUGUUGUAAAAAGAGAACUUCAGAGAAAGUCCAUAAAGAGAGAGACUUAUUUAGUGGCCACUUAAAGGUCAGAAGUGAACUUCAGUGGCAAAAUUUGAAGGGCUCCCCCCGCCUCUAUAAUAUAUCUCACAAAAAACACACCAAUUAGUGCGGAAGAAGUCGCAAAAAGCGUGUGAAAAGAACACCUCAAGAAUUUAGUCAAAGUGCUUGUGAUUUGAAGUCCGAUAAGGGAAAUUUGUCACGCAGAGCUUUUAAGCUUAAUGUAGUUUAGUGGUGAAGAUUUCGUGUUUAUGCUUGUGAACAAUUUCAGACAUUUUUGAAGAAUAAAGAAAAAGUUGUGUAAGUGACAAAUUUUUGCCAAAAAAACAACUAUUAGUAAUUUAAGAAUCCUCUGCUGAAUUUUAACUUUAAAAAACAAACUAACAAUAUAUCUUCAUUCCGUAGAAAUAUAGACGUAUUAGUAAUUAAUAAAUUUUAAGCUUAAUCAAUUUUAAUAAGAAAAGUGUGUGGUUUUCUCGAGAUAAAAAAAGCAAAAAGAAAAUAUUUUGUGGUCCUGUGAACUUAUUCCAUAUGGUUCAUAUGAUAGAGAUUGUGCGCCAAGGGAAAGUUGACUUUCCUCAUCAGGUCAUUAUGAACCGUCCCAUUCAAGUUAAACCAGCGGAUAGUGAAAACCGCGGUGAUCGCAAGCUGUUUGUUGGUAUGCUUAGUAAGCAACAAACCGAAGAGGAUGUAAGACAGUUGUUUACGCCAUUCGGAACUAUUGAAGAGUGUACUAUUCUGCGAGGUCCCGACGGUGCCAGCAAAGGUUGUGCUUUUGUUAAGUUCAGCUCUCAUCAGGAAGCACAAGCAGCCAUCACAAAUCUACACGGGAGUCAAACUAUGCCGGGUGCGUCAUCGAGUUUGGUGGUAAAGUUUGCCGACACUGAGAAGGAGCGACAACUGAGACGUAUGCAGCAAAUGGCCGGUCACAUGAAUUUGCUAAAUCCCUUUGUUUUCAAUCAGUUUGGAGCGUAUGGUGCUUAUGCACAGCAGCAACAGGCGGCUCUAAUGGCUGCGGCGACUGCUCAAGGAACGUACAUAAAUCCCAUGGCUGCGCUUGCAACACAAAUACCUCAUGCACUCAAUGGUAAAGUUGCUGGUGAUGUGCAGCUAAAAGGGCAGUACGUAAUGCAGCAUUGUUUGCCCGCAGGCUCAGGACAACCAGUGAAUGGAACGAUCCCGUCGCUGCCAUCUCCCACGAUGCCAACAUUCAACAUGGCAGCCCAGACGCCAAAUGGUCAGCCUGGUGGCACCGAAGCCGUUUACACCAACGGAAUACCUCAAACGUAUCCAGGCCAUGCCCUUCAUCUGUCGAUUCCAACGCAAGGACUCCCGAAUGGAGACGCCGCCCUCCAGCAUGCUGCGUAUCCAGGGAUGCAACCCUAUCCAGGUGUUGCUUACCCCGCCGUUUAUGGACAGUUUCCUCAAGCUAUUCCACAACCAAUGGCCGCUGUGGCAUCACAACGAGAAGGAUGCUCCAUCUCUGGACCAGAAGGGUGCAAUUUAUUUAUCUACCACCUGCCACAGGAGUUUGGUGAUGCUGAACUAAUGCAAAUGUUCCUUCCGUUUGGCAACGUUAUUAGUUCAAAGGUUUUCAUCGAUCGUGCAACAAAUCAGAGUAAAUGCUUUGGUUUUGUUUCGUUCGACAAUCCGGCAAGUGCUCAAACAGCUAUCCAAUCAAUGAAUGGUUUUCAGAUUGGAAUGAAAAGACUGAAAGUACAGCUAAAGAGACCGAAGGACGCCAGUCGACCUUAUUAACAGGAGGUAUCCUCCAGUAAUGUCAAUACUGCUUCAGACGAAGCUUUAAGGAUAACGUUUAAACACUAAUUUACACCAUGAGAGCAGCGUAAUUUUGCAUGGCGAUUAGAGAUAACAAAAAAACAAUGGGGAGAUAGUGUUAGAUGAAACAAAGAACUAUUGCAGGUAUUUAUUAAGAAAAUUCACAAAAAUUUUCAUUUCUUGGACUCCAAUAGCAACGAGAGAAAUCAUUUCUACGGCUGCUGCAACGGAACCGAAUUAUCCUGUUGUGUUUUAAUAAUAAGUUUUCAUUUAAAAAUUAAAAAUCUAUUUUUUGUAUUCCCUUCAACUAUUAAAAAUUUAAAUCUUUUUUUUUUAUUUUGUAAUAGUUGUCGUAAAAAGAAACAUUUAGUGGAAAAAAAUGUUAAGAAAUAAACUGAAGAGAUGUGAAAACACACAAGUAAACAAGAAGACAAAAUAUAGAUGCAGGAAAUUAAUUAUUAUAUUUGAAACAAAAAAAAUAAAUGAAACUUUUAGAGGAAGAAACUUUAAUAAGAAAAAAAACAAAAUAAGAAAAUUAGUAAUUAGGGGUUGGGAAGAAUGUAAAAUUUUUAGUAAACGGCAGCAUCGGUAGGAUGUUACAGACAUCACAUAAAGAAAAAUUUCUCGAUUUUUGAAUUUUAAGAAAGAAAAACUCGAAAACUUUUUUACAUUUAAUAUAUACCAUUUUUUAAAAAAUUAAAACUCUUUAGGACGGAAUGCGUCCUUAAUACGUCUUUAAAACUAUACUCCUUUUAACUUUUGUUCAAUUUUUAAAAUUAUUACAUAAUAUAUCUAUUCACAGAGACUAAUUAACUAAUGAAAAAAAAACAACAUUUCGCAUUUUAUAAAAUAUUUAAACUUAUUUUUAAAAGAAUUAUAAGGUAAAGAACUAAAGAAAAAAAAAUAAAUUUAUGAAUAAUUUUGAAGGUCUUUUUUUGUUUUAUAUAUUUGAGAAAUUGUAACCAAAAAAAUGAAUAAAUUCAUUAAAUUUCUAAUCACUCUUAGUAUACUAUUACCGAUUAGAUUUAGUUUUUACAAGUCAUUAAGGCGAUCAAACCUUUUAAAAAAAAAGAGAACCUAAUAGUAUGCUUGAGUCCUAUCACUAAAUAAAUACCAGAAAAUGAUAAUUCAAAUCUAAUAAAUAGAAUCUUGUAGUAUAAAAUCAAUUGCAUUUGGAAUGAAUCAUUUUUACAAACAAACUAAAAGAAAAUCCUUAAACUAAAAGCUCUAAAUGCAUCCGCAGUUGCACCUUAAAGCAUAGAAUUCUUUCAUUUUUUUUAAAACCAAAAGAUUGACAAAAAAAUUAUUUUUGCAUCAAUAAAUCCAUUUAAAAGAAAAGAAAAAACAAAUGAGAUAAUCAAUAUUAUAAAAAUUAUUUCUUCUUACCAUUAUUAGCUAAAUCUUAAGGCAUUUUUAGGAAGUAGGGAGGUUUUAAAGAAAGAAAAAGUGAGGCUAUAGAAAUGCUUGAAUUGACAAACAGAUGACGUAAGGGAGACAUUUAUUUUGCAAAAUUAAAUCUAACUUAUAUAUUUAUUCUAUAAAGAAAAAGAAAAGGAGCGUCAAGAUGUCAAAAAAAAGAAAACUAAUGGGAAACCAUGUGAAAAAAUCUACAGCUAAGAAAAGCCAAAAAAUUUUGUUAAAUAGAAAUGAUGAUAUACCAAUAUUUAAAAAAAGAAACCUAUUGAAAAAAAUGAUAUAAAUUGAUAAUCUAAAAAUAUUAUUAUAAUAAAUAAACAAAUCUUAAAAAAAAACUAAUAAUUUAUUCUCUAGGUAUUAAAUGAAAAUUAAUUAAAACAUGACAAUUGAUGCCAUGCAAAAAAAUGAUUAAUAUAGCGACGAGAGAAAAGGUAUAUUUAUAUAAAUUAGAUUUCUCCAAUAAUAUAUCUUUCUUCUUACAUAAAAAAAACAAAUAUCGUCACUUGAUAUUUAUAUUUAAAAAAAAAUACAUAAACUAAUCAUGUAAAAUCUUCAUCGAGAUUUUUUGCGUGUGCGUUUAAGUUCUUCAGAGAAAAACUUCUUUCAUCAAAUUCUUCUUUUAAAAAAAUGCAAAUUGCGUUCAUUUUUUAUUUAAAUAGGAAACUAAAACAUUAUAUUUAUAGCUAAGUAGUAAGAGUGAGCUUAAGUAAACUAAUUCCUGAGGAAAUGAAAAUCCUUAACCUCCUCCUAUUAGUCCCUAUAAAAACACCUUCCAAAUGAAUGAGAAAAAACUACAAAAUCUGUCUAUAUAGUCUUGAAGCUAUAAUUGGCAAUUGAUGUUGGGAAUUUCACGUGAAAUCUGAAUCAAAAGAUCAAAUUGUAGGAAAAUAAGUUUAAAACAAAAGAUGAAACACUCUUUAAUUGUGAAAGAAAUAAAAAAACGAUAAAAUAUCAAUGAUAAAUUAGAAGUGAUUUCAAUUUUCUGUUGGAUAAUUUGCGGAUAUGAUCGGAAUUUUGAAUGGACAUUGGUCCUUUAAUUGUAAUCUGUUGCUUGAGAUACUACUGUGUUUACUUGUAAAUUAUUUUUUAAAUCUUCUUUUCGUCGUGUUAAUGUUUUUCUUUUCGGAAGUUUUAGUGAAUUAAGUUUAGGAAGUUGUUUAAAUGGGAUUUUUUUUUAAAUUUUGUUGGAAAACUUUGAGGUAGUUUUUCAAACUUUAAAUUUAAUUUAAGAAAAAAAUAUCGCGUAAUUUCACAAAAUCUACUCAAUUUUAUGAAAUGGCGAAAAAUUCCUACAUAGAUAAAAUUUCCUAAUCCAAAUGUUAAUAGGGACCACUAUUUAUCUCCUUAUUUCUUCGUCUUUUUAUCAAUGCAGGUACAGCAUUUUCUUUACUUCAUAAAUUUCCCGUAAAAACAAACUUAAGACGCACAACACCCAUUACGUGCAUCGAAUAAGUCAUCAAAUUAUCCAGCAGAAUUUUCCACAAAAAAUCAUGUUUAUAUCUUUAAAGAAAACGUGACGUAUUCAACCAAAAAAAAAAGUUAUGAGAACGAUAGAUAAUUCCACAAAUGGGCUGUGAUUUGAAUGUAAAAAGAAGUAAAAAAAAACACUUAAAAUGAAAAAUAACAUACAAAUUUGUGUACUGUACAGUUCGUUUGUUUUACUUUUUCAAUGUGAAUCGUGAAGUUCGAUGUUGUAAAAGAAAAAAAACCGAGAGACAUUAAGAGAAAAAAAUGAAACCUACUGAAAAAAUGUAUAUUUAAUUAGCAAAAAAAAGUUGAGUGAAAUGAGACCAAGAUGGUAUAAAUUUAAAAGAUUAAAAAAAAAAGUUUAAAACACAGACGAUGUACCUUACAAUAAAAAAAAGUGAGAUAUUUUACACACAAAAAAAAGAAAAAAUGAUAAAUGAGGUUUAGAAUCGCGUGGGAGUGAAAAUUCGCCAAUGCCCCCAAAAGAAAAUUUCUCCCGAAUAUCCUAAUGAUGAAAAAGAAAAUUCUAAAUGUCAACAACGGGCUGUAGAGAUUCAUAAAUAAAUUGUUGAAUUUCUCUGUGCUGGGUGGUGUGCUCCCAUGCGAAAUGAUAGAGUCCCCUGAUACAAUACAAAAUGUGAUUCAAAUUCAGUGUUAAUUGAUAGAAAAUCCAUACCCUUUAACAUACCCCCACCCCCCUCGUCCCUUGAUCCUAAAUCCCCUUGGAAAGUGAAUUCUCACUGAAACUCCCCUAUCAAAGGUGAACGUGUAUCAUUUAGUCAUUUUAUCUAUUCAGCAGAAGGGCAAUUUGGAAGGAAAUGUUUUUAAAGUUGGAAGAAUUAUUUCAUGAAAGUAAAGAAAUUAACAAAAAAAAUCCUUUGAGGAGCCUUUUUAAAAGCAAAUAUUUCUAUCUUGAUAUUCUGCUUAAGAUUUUACUCAAAAUUGACAAAUAUAUAGUAUAACCAGGCGCCUGUACUUUGAUUUCUUGAGUAUUGCAGUUAGAAAAGCUGAAGUCGAGUAAAAUUUAAGUUCCCUACAUAUUUCCUUUAUUUUUUUUUAUUUGUGACAAUUUUUAAAAUAUUUUUGAAACACUUAAAAAUAUUUUAUUAAAUCAAUUUCUUUUUUUUUUUGAAAUAAUCCAAGACUUUAAGACAUUUUUAAAAUUAUUUUGUCCCUUCGGCAGAGUCCAAAAAACAAUUCAACAUGUGAUUCAGUGUGACGACAAGAGGAAUAGGUGUAAAUUAUGACAUUAAGACAACUAAAAAAAAAAAGAAAAUAUACCAUCAAUCUCCAAAGAGAUCUCAUUGCCAAUUAUAGUGUCAAAAAACAAACAUUAAUCUAACCCCACCCCCGCAGCCUUCCUUUAAAUUCUUUCACCCUCUCCCCAGACCACCCCCCCAAGUCCCACUUGCAACAUACUUAAAAGAAAAAAAAGGUGAGGGGUUAAGAACCUAGCGGUAAAUCACGAUAAUAAGAAAAAAAAUGUCGAAUGAAAAAAAAACCACGAAAUUGCAACAUAAAACUGUAAAUUUUGAAGUGGGAAUCAGUUAAAACAGACCCAAACUAUUAACCAUUAAGAUCAAAAUUGCCAGCUGUAUAGAAGAAACUGGCAUGCUAAGUAAGUCUAAUGGUAAACGCUACUUGAAAUAUUUUACUAUUAUAUAUAAUAAAAACUUAUAUACAUUUUAGAAUUUAAGGGUUCUACAUACAUAAGGGUAACCAUUACAAUAAAAGUAAGUUUCAUUUGGUAGUGACAAUAAAUUUUGCCAUGUUUGUGUUUUAAAUGCCACAGUUGUCACCAUAAAUUGCAUAAUUUUGCAAUUUGGAAAUCCUUUUGCAAUUAGUUGUGGUUAGAUGGGAGCAAGAAAUUCGCGGGCAUUUUAUGCAUAUGUAUACAUUAUAUUGGAAUGGAAUAAUAAAUUUCAAAUGGGGCGUGGAGAGAGACGGUGAAAUGAGUAUAUAGUCUGUUAAAAGAAAAUAUCAUGGUGGUUUUGUUGAAAUCGUACAGAGAAGGAAUCUCUGCGAUUUGCAACAGAGAGGGCAGAUGGCGCCAAAUACAAAGUUAUUCCUCUGGUGUUGACUAGAACCAACUGAUUGAGGUUAGAACGAUUAGAACUACGUCAAAUUUUCGCAAAGAAUUAUUAAACUAUUAAAGUUUAACAAUGUUUGGAAAAUUUGUGAGAAAUCAGUUUAAAAAUUUAACUCUGCAUUGAGCUAGGAAAAGAUAGAAUGUCUAGCACUAUACUCACGCCAUCUGUCUCCGCGAAAAACAAAUGUUUCUAAAUAUAAUACAAAGAGAGCAUUUUAGGAGAAAAAUAAUUAAUUCAAUUUAUUGGAAAAGCUUUUAAAAAUUAAAAACUAUUUAAUAAAAUUUAAAUUGUAUUAUAUUCAGAAACAAGAGCUCAAUUGAAAUUUUUAAAGGGUUGUUCUCAUGGUGAUUCUCGAUGAUGGAAAUUCCAUCGACAAUCCAAUGAACUACACACACUACCCUAAAUAUGUGGGAAUAAGAAUAAAUCUAGUCAGGAGAACCACAUCAUAAUAUAUUGUUGAAUUUGUCAGAGUGAAAAAAAAGAAAUUAGGCACAUUUAAAAAUAUAUUGUACAUUAUUGUAAUUUUGAAUGAGCGCAGCCGGAAUACUGAUAAGUGAUAUAAGAUGCAAAAAAAAAGAUUAAGGAUCUUAAUGUUAUAUAAUAAAUUAGAAUUUUUGCCUCCCAUCCGAAACAAAUAGCUUAUAAAUAAAAAUUCUUGUACAUUUCUAGUCAACAAAAUCACAUUUUUGCACGGAAGAAAAUUUUAAUCUUUUGAAGUGCCAAAGAAAAGCUCCUUGGCCAUAAUUGGAAGAAUCUCUCAUUUCGUUUUUGUUUGUUUUGAUAUAGACUAAAAAAAACUCAGUUUUCGAGACUGGCUUUGGAACAGGGAUAAUCAAGCUUUUGUGAUUGAGUUCUGAGAUGAGGAUGGCGUCUGCAGCGAUAUGGUCGAUAAUGUGCAAUAUAGUUUAGGUUAAAAAAAAAAUCCUCAACAAAAAAGAAUUUUUAGUUUUUCUGGAUAAGGUAAUACGAUCAAUAGCUUAAUAUUGAAGCUGUAAUAGAAUCAUUUUGAGCAGUAAAAAUGCAUUUUAAUCAGUAAACAUAUUUACAUCAGUUAAAAGCUUUCGCAAUAUGGUCAGUAAAUGAAACGAAUUUUAAAUUGAAAUUAAUUGAAAAGUCGAUUCUGUCAAAAUCUUUUAUUUUCUUUACAACUUGAAAGCUGUUAGAUUAAGAUGAAAGAAAAACAAAAGAUUUCCUGGAAAAAUUUCAAAAACAUCUUUAAAGAUUCCUGGAAAACUGUUCUUCAUAAUUCAACUAACAAACUAUCAAAAUCUUAGAAUAUUUUUCAAGAAUUUUUAAAAUCUUACAAGUGGAAUUGCAAGAAAAGAUAAGAUUUUUAACAGAAUUGGCCCCUAAUUCAAUUUCAGUUUAAAAAUAAAUUCGAUUCCUUUCCCGAUAAAGCUGGAUAUGUUUUAACUGAUUAUUGUUCCUUAACGGGUCAAAUAAUAGGUAACUGAUUCAAAUGAAAUUCUUAAAGUUCAAAAAUUGCAAAUUAUGUUUAAUUAUUUAGUUGAGCUUCAGCUCAAAAAAAAAACAAAUCAGUCUUUUUUGUUAAAAUUACAAACUUAUUUUUCUCAUCAAAAAAAAAUCCUGAACAGAAACCAAGUGUCAGAGAAAAGUAGAAGAAGAAUGAAAAUACAACUGUUUUAGCGCCUCGUUUUAGGGAUGCACAUUAACUAUUUAAAGAAAAAAAAUAUUAAACAAAAAUAUGUAAUAAACUAAAGAGAAUCCUGUAUAAAGAUCCCAUGUGUAUUGUACAUUAAAGGAAGAAAAGGGAAAUCAUCUUAUGUAUAAAAGAGACAAAAAAUGAAGCUACUUAGAGGAAAAACUUGUAUAAAAAAAGGAAUCGUUGCGAUUUACCAGAUUGAAAAAAGCAUAGAUAAGUGAAUUGAAAAAAAAGGCACUGAAGAAAAAAAUAAAAAAUAAACACAAUAUUGAAUUAUUUAGAAAAGAGAUGAGAAAUUUUUAGAAUUUUUGUAAAACUGACGCACUUUGCUAUGAUUAGUGACGCCUUUAAAGAAUUAUAUAUUAAAUUUAAAUAAAAGAAUAUAUUAUAUAUUAUAUACAUAAAAAAUGAUAAUGAAAAUGAACUAAAAAUACACAGCAAAAUACAAAUUAAAAGUUAGAUAUCUUCUUUUAGUUUUAUGAAAUUUAUUUAUUUUUUUUAUUGAAAAGGAAACUGUUUUAGGUUUAUUUCUUAGAGUUUCCUUGCUUUGCGAUUUAAAAGAGAAACAUAACUAAGUAUAUUCAGAUUUUUUCAUACAUUUUUGUAAAAUUAAUUUCUGAGAAAAAAACAAAACAAGUACAGUGAUUAGUUAAAAGAUUUAACAGAGGAAACAAAACCUAAAACAUAAUAAACAUUUUUAACUUAAAUGAAAAACAUGAAAAUAUGUGUAGGAAUUUUAGUAAAAGAAAAAAAAAUGAAACAAACAGCGUAUACUUUUUCCAUGCGAAGAAAAACGAAAAAGUAUAUUGCGAAAAUGAAUAUUAUAAUAUAGGAUACAGGGUAUUUCUUGCAAUUAUUUAAAAAGAUGAAAAAAAAACCAAAAAAGAUUUUUAAGAAAACAAACCAAAAAAUUAUUUAAGAAUAAUUGUGAGAGAAAAAAAAUAAACUGUAGAAAUGUGAGAUUGGUGGGAGAAAUGGGCGCGCGAAAGCCAAAAAGUUCGAAUGUGAGGUGAGCAAAAAUGUUGACAAUAUUUGUGUGUUAAUUGCAGAUUUAAAUGAAAAAAAAGCUAAAUAGAGAGGAAUGAAUGAGAAAGUCCACAGACACACAAAAAAAAUUUAAAAUAAAAUAUAUAAAUUCGAUUGAAUAAAUUUUUGCACACUUAAGAGGCACAAAAUAUAUUCCCACAAAAAAAACAAUUUUUAACUUGAAGCUUAUUCUCAAGUUUGAAACUCUUUAACAAAAGUAAAGAAAAAAAAUCAGAGAAAACAGACAUUAAAAAAAAAGAAAUAGAAAAUGCGAAAAGCGUUUAAGAUGAAGGAACUCAUACAAAAAAUUAUAACAUAUGUAAUAAUUUAAAUAAUAUGCAAAAAAAAAGAAGAAAAAAAAAUGGUUGAUAGAAACAACAUGCGAUACAAUACAUUUUAAACGCAAAAUAGAAUUUUAGAUUUUAGCAUGAUCAACUAAAGGAGAAAAUUAUAUACAUUAAACUACAUUAAUCAUUUAUAUAUUUAAAUUAAUACAUAUAUUAUAUAAAUUUGCAUUUAAAAAAAAGAGAAAAUUGAUUAUUAAAUUUAAUAAAAGAAAAUGGUGAGUAAACAGGCGAGAAUCGCGCGAAAAUGCUCCACAAAAAAAAACAUUUUUUCUUAGAAAACAAAAAUUUUAAAAGAAAAAAACCUAAACAUAAAUCUGUAGAAACUUUUAUUCACAAUUUCCAAUAGUUAAUCUUUAUAUAAACUAUAGAAGAAGAGGAAAAAAACAUAUUUUACACACGAAAUAUUCAUUUGAAAAGAAAUAAAAACAGUUUUACAUCAAAAUGAAAAAAAACCGAACUGAUAACUAAUGUAGAAAAUAAAUACAUAUAUAUUAGACACAAACACCGUGCGCAGACCUAAAAGAAAACUCAAAACACAUGGGAACUACACAAAAAAAGCGAAAAACACACAAAUUACUUUAAAAAAAAACUAUCUAUUCUAUAUAACCUCAAGAAAUCAAUUAGAAAAAAGGAAAUGACAAAAAAAAAACAGAAAGUAAAUCAUUUUUACGGAAUGCUACCUCUUGAAAAAAGAGGAAUAUUGCAUAUUUACGAAUAUUAAUUGUAUGGAAUAUUAAUUAAUCCAUUUGCAUAUUUAUUCAUCAUUACUUUAUUAAACAAGGAGAAAAAAAACAUAUUACGAACAACACAAAAUAUAAAAAAUAUAUAUAUUUAAAAAGAGAAAAUCAACAUUUUAUAAAGUAACUUUCUUCUCAUAUUCAAAUAAAUAAAAUAUAAAAUAUUCAAUUCAUUUUAUUAAAAUUUCUUUAUAUAAAAAAACUUUAUUGGCGAGUCUGUGAGUCAUAAAAAAAGGAAUAGAAUUAUGAUAAAGUGAUAGUUUCUUAUUUGAAAAAAAAUAUUUCUUUGUUUUUACAAUUUCUCAUCUUCAAUCGUGAUUUUUUUUCUUUUGUAAUGAGCCCAAGAAAAUCCUAGCCAAAGAUGCGAGAAAAAUGUAUUUACAAAAAAAACAAUAUAUCUCUCUAAAUUAACUUAUCAAAUUAGUUCGGCGCAUUCAAAUCAAUUGUUAUCUAUCUGCAUUGCCUUAAAUUAAAAAAAUAUAUAGCGGCAGAUGAGGGAAUUAUCCUAAUCUGAAUAAAAAAACAACUUUAAAUAAAAUAAAAAAAUUGGAGAAAAUUUUUGACAUCAGAAGCUUUAGAAUUUUAGCGUGAAAAAAUAAUAUCGAAAGAUUUUAAUGCGAAAAUAUUAAUUAUUUAAGCCCAAAGGGUUAAACUUAUUAGGGGGCAAACAAGUAAAGUUUUUUAUGCCUAUAUGCUAGAAAAUAAUUUUAAAAAAACAUUCGUAGGAAUUAAUUAUUGUAAAAGAAAGUUUUUUCUUUUGAAAUAUAUCAAAAACAUUUUCAUUACGAAUUUUUUAUUGGAACAAAAAUUCUUAACCCUAUCGCGUCUAUUGAGUCAAAGACUGACCCAAACGUUAAACAUUUUAUUUUUUUCGAAUUUAAAUGAGUUUAAUUAUUUUUCCAAGUUAAAAAAAAUAAUAAUUCUUUUUUUUUCCAAAAAUUCUUAAUAAAUCUUAAUAAAAUGUUUUAGGCAGAAUUCAACAUUAAAAGAAUUAUCGAAUAUUUUUCAAAGAGAGACAUAAAAAUUCUUUACCUGUUUGCCCCUUAAUCUUUAAAACCCAUCCACUUAAUCUAAGAAUUCCAUUAAACCACAAACUUCAUUGUUAAACUAAAACAUUUUGCCGAUAUUCUUUCGUUCUCACUUAAAGAUAAAAAAAAUCCUUCUGUGGAAGGUUUAAAGCAAAGUGCGGACAAAACAACUAAAAUAAAAAUGAUAAUAAAGAGAAGAUUUUUUAUUUAAAUUCAUACCAUUUCUUUCGUUCUUUAACACCCACCACGAUGUACAUACAAAAAAAAAAUAAAUAAAAAAAAUCUCAAGUGGAAAUAAAUGAUAGAAUGGAAGUAAAAAAAAAUAAAAUAAAAAUCCCCUGCCAAAAUGAGCUAAAUAUAUUUUUUAUUAUACAUAUAUAGAAAUAUAAGGAAAAAUAGAAUAAUGGAGAUUAGCGGAGAAAGUGCGCGAUGAUGGAGUACUUAUAUUGCAAAAACCAUUAUUACUUUUAAAUUAGUAGUGAGUAAUUUUUGAGGAAAAAAAUGGAAGAAAAAUAGUACAUAGAAUUAUCAUAUUGUAGCAGAGUGAAAAGGAAAAAGGCACAGAGUUGGAAUGCAAAAGAAAAAAAAAUGAAUGAAAUGUUGGCAAAGCUGCGGGAAAAGGCUUUUCAUUGAGCAAAUUGUUAGAAAAAAAAUAUGAAAGAAAAAAUCGAGCAAAAAAUGAUAAGGCACAGAAGCUAUCUGGAAUAGGCGAUGAAGAAAACAUUAACAAGUUAUUACAAUAAUUUUUAAAGAAAAUUCUUAAUCAUAAAAAAUUAAAUUAUUAAUUUAUUAACAAUUUUUUUUAUUACUUUUAAAACUUCUUUAUCGUGCCAUAACACUUUAGCUCGUGUUUUUUACUUAAAACGAUCCACGAGCGUAUUAAAAAAAAAAACAAAGAAGAAAUAAAUUUCUCUUUACUUUUUAGCUAAAUAAAAUUAUCAUUCCUUCCCCCCUUCCCCCCCCACCCCCAAAAUAUUCUCCUUACCCGAAUCUAUACGCCCCUUUCUUCUGUCCUAUAACCAUGUUUUUUCAUCUUUAAACAUAGACAAUUUUCUAGCGAAUCACAUUUUAUUAAAUGAAAAGAAAACUUGGUAUAUAUUUAAAAUUUAGAUUUCUAAAUCUUAUUAAUGAUGAAUAAUGCAUGAGAAAAUAUUUAUUUAUAUAUUACCAAGGUAAUGAAAAAAAAUUUAAAAAAAAAACACAAAAAAUAAACCACUAAAAUAGCAUCAUCUUUGAUCUAUUUUAGUGUCACCAAGAAAAUGAAUUUAUAUAGAAUUAAACUAAUAAGAUUAAAGUAAAUGAUGGAAGGAAGAAAAAUUAACUGAAGAAAUGAGAGAAAAUGAAACUAAAUCUAAAUUUAAGUACAACAGUAUUAAAGAAAAAAAAAAAAAAAGAAAAUAAUCACAAGGUUAGAGAAGAGAGAAAACUUAUUAUUGACCUUAAAUUUUAAUGAUCAUUGAGAAAAGAAAAGAAUGAAGGAAAAACAAAAUGACAUCCCCCGAAAGGGACAAAGAAAGAAAAAAAAAGAAUAUUAAAAUGAAUUUUAGGUAAUUUCGAUGAAAUAUUUGAGAAGGCGGUCAUUGGAAAAAGAAAAUAUUAUAAUCAUAUCAGGCGAAAAAAAUAUUUAAAAAACACGUAAAGAAAUUUUCUCACUUUUCUUAUUAAUUUGUUGUAAAAUGAUAAAAUGAAAUUUUUAUUAAUGAUCGAAGUUAAAAUCAAGAAUUACAAGUUUUUAAAAAUUCACUCAUUUAAAAAAAAACUAAUUAUUAAUUAAAGAUUUUGAAAAAAAAACGUAGAAAAUUUCGAUUUUUCAUAUAAAAAGAAAAACAUUUUUGGGAAAAAGAUGUAAUUUGAAAGUGAAUGAAAAAGCGAAAAAAAUGGUAGCGACAAAAGCAGAGUUGAUCACGAUGGCAUACUAUAUAAUAUAGGUACAUUGCUUUCCACAGAAAAUUCACAACUCAAAAAAUCAUAAAACAAAUCAAUAGUGAUGUCAUAAUCAAUUCAAGAACACACAAAACAUUCAUCACAUAAAAACACGGACUCUCUCUUCCAUGAAAAGAAAUAGCAAAAAAAGAAGAAGAAGAAAAAAUCACACAUUAAAAAAAAGAGGAAUAGAAAUAAGAAAAAAAAUCUAAUAGUAUAAGAAUAAAUUGCUCCAAAAUAAUGUACAUUAAAUUGCUUUUGGCUCGAUUUGCCACCAAGAAAAAAAAAAUAGAAGAGCUAAGAAUAUAAAAAAGUAAAAAACAACUGAUUAAAUAAAACAGGUGUGAAGCCAUACUAAACACACAGUUUGUAUAAAAAAAAACUUGUAAAACGAGAAUUCAAAUAGGACAUUUCCACCAGACGCAACUUAAAAUAUUAAGAAAAAAAUGAAUAUUUAAGGAAGAAAAAAAACUGCUAGAAUUUAAUAUAAUAAAAAUUAUAUUUAAAAAGAAAAAAACCUUGAGAAAUAAUCAUUGAAUUUAUGUAUGAAAGGGCAACAUCAACCACUCAUAAUUGCAGAAGAGUAUAAAUUAUUAUACCAUAAAUAUAGUUUCACACAAACAUUAUAAUUUGAAGAAAAAUGCAGCAUCAUAGUCACAUGCAAAAAAAAUGAAAAAAGGUCCAGCAUCUGAAAAAUCAAGCUGGAAGAGCUUGAAAAUAGAAAUAUAAAUAACACCAAAGAAAAACCAAGAAACUCGUUAAUGAAAACCUCCGAGAAAAAAACCACGUGAAAAAAAACUUAUUGAACGAUUAUAUCUUCAUUUUAAAUUAAAAAAAAAAAAAAAGAAAAAACUUAUUAUGAAUAUAUUUAAAGAAAAAAAAGGAAAAAUAUGAUAAAUAAAAUAUUAUAAAUCCAGAAAUACUGAACACAAAAAUGUUCUAUGUAGGGACAUUUAUUAUCAUUAUAUAGUAUUAUAUUAUACAUAUAAAUUAUAUUAAUAAAACCAUUUAAAAAAUCAA